CAACCCUCCCUCCAAUUAUUGUUUUCUUUUUCAUUUAUUUUGCAAGCAGCUCGACCGCGACACGGCUGCUUGAUUUCUGCUUUUCUUUUAUUCCGCUCAUUGCCAAACAAUGUCGUUCCGUUCUCUUUUACUCUGCUCACUACAGCUUGAUUUCUGCUUUUCUUUUAUUCCGCUCAUUGCCAAACGACGUCGUUCCGUUCUCUUUUACUCUGCUCACUACAGAACGGCGCCGUUUCAGUACUCCGACCUCACAUAUUGCCCACAACUGUUGACCUCCGCCACCCGUUCGCCCGGAGUCCGCCGCCGCUUCGCCCGAUGCCCCUAUCACAUGGCGCCGCUUUUUUCCUCCAGUAGUAUGCCUCGCCGCCCUCCUCGUCUAUAUCUUAAAUUUGUGGGCCCAUGGUCGGUUUCCGCGGCCAGCUGCGCUCAGCAGCCUGCUUCACGCCCUUCUGCCUCCUGCUUCUCCUGCGCAAUUGUGAAAAAACAAUUUUUUGUUUCGUAAUUUUCGACUUGUGGUUGCUCGAGGAGAGAAGUGUACGAACAGGGAGCUAAGGAUGUUGCGCUUUCGGUUAUUAGUGGAAUCAAUUGUGAGUUUAGUUUCUCUCUUUUCUAUUUUUUUUGGAUUCAUGUUGAUGAGCUUAAAUUAGCCACAUACAAUAAUAUAGGUUUUAUAGCUUUUUGUUA